AAAGAGAAGGAUGAUAAACAUUAAUUAAUUACAUAAAACAUGAUUCCAAUUAACUUUGAGCAAUUAAUUUAUUGAUGGGUGGAGUCAAUAAGUGUGGUUUCUGAAUGCAGCUAGGUGACUUUGGUCUUGCCAAAUGGAAGAGGGGCGAUGAGACUCUGCGAACAAGGAUAAUGGGCACAUUGGGGUGAGGAUCUGCAUUAGCUUUGCACACCAAAUAUUAAUAUAAAAGCUUUUUGGUCCCAAGGUUAUGAAACAGAAAUCAUCUAGAACAACUCUCUCCCCCACGGUGGAGCCAUUGAUUGAGAAGUUGGCUUUAAGUGAACUCGUUGACGCUCGUCUUGGGGAAUCAUAUAUGACACAGACGAAUUAUCCCUUAUGGCCAAAACAGCCUACUUCUUCGUCCAUGGGGGACGUAAUUGGACUUUCGGACUUUCCCCACUUUUCCUUUUGGUUGAACAUGUUAGUAUGGAUUAUCAAAUUGCUAGCUCGAGAACAUGACCAGUGGCCAGUGGGAGCAUUUCUGGUGUUGAGGUUAAUGGAAGUUAAUCUUCUCUUCUUGUGUAUCAAACUAGAUAUAUGUCACUACUUCCACAUCUUUUCGCUUCUGAAUCCAAAUUUGAAGUCACGAGUUCUGUUGAUUCAGGUGGUGCGACUUCUUGAGGGAGAACCCGUCCACUUGGCCACUAUGGGAGAUAAAUAUGAACCAAGUUAUUGCAAGUGAAGAAAAAAUCCGGCUUUUCAUUAAUCAUGUUCUGUGUGAUGUCUUUCAAUUUGUGUGGGUUCUCUCAUUUCCCGAAUCUUAGGGCCGGUACUAGUCAUGCACUUGCAUAUAUGUAUAAUGAACAUAAGUUUGCCCCCUCUUUUGCCAUUACUAGUCUCAUGAACGAAAUGCUAUAUUUGAAAUCAUUUGAUGGGGCAACAAAGCGGAUACGAAUCAAGUUACGUGUCCUGAAGAGGUGUGAGGACGAUUUCCACCGCCCAUUGUGGUAGGAUGACUUGAUAACAUAAAAUAAUCAGCGAAUCAUUUAAAAUAAUGGGGGUUAAUUAGAUUAAUCAUGUUGAAGGGCAC